AUGCCUAGAAGGUCCCGGAAAGACUCGGAUUCGAGUGUUGAGACGGUGGACUUUAGCCGCAUUCGAUGGCGCGAGGAGUCGACCGUCUUGCGUACCUUGCCCUCUGAGACAUCCUCGAACCCAUGGCCUUGCUUCGAGCUGAGGGACGCCGUGGUUCUUAAUAAGGACGGAACCGCUCUGGAGAAUGCGCUGAACGUUCUCUUAGACGGGCCCUUCAUCAUACGCGGCACCAUGGUCAUUGAUGAGGAGGAACAAAGAGAGUAUUUGGUUGGCAGGUUCAAGAACGAAGUCCCCAUUCAAAUCAAUGCGUGUAGUCUCUACUCAAUCGGUGAAGCACCCGGAGAAGACGCCAAAGGCGAACCGCCGAGUCUCCAGGUCCUGUGGGUUGCUGGCCAAGGUGGAUGGUUCGAGGUGAAUCCGGCUCCUGCGUAUCAGCUUAUGCAUCGAAAGAUCCGCGAAGCAAUCAAGCUAUACUAUACAAUUUACGACAUAUAUGAUACUUUUGGGGCACAAACUCUGAACCGGCAGUCAAAGACGUCGAAAGCAUCCGAUCCUCUUGAGAGACUGGCACCCGUAUUUCUUCAGUAUGCUAUCAGGGUGGGGGAUGGUUCAACCGUCGAGGAGGUUGCUGCCCGGUGCAAUGAGAUUGCUCCUUUUCUCCUAUGCCAGUUUCUAAAGACUGAUGAAGAAUUCAAGGACUGGAAAAAGACAUAUCUAUACAGGUGGCUUACCAGAAACCACGAGGAAACAUUUGACAAGACUUGGAAGGCCCUGAGAAGCCCGCUCAAGAAUCAGGCACCGCCCUCCACGACAGCCUCUGCAGUGAACGAGGCACUCCCUAGAUCGCAAAAAGAAUCAUCUGUUAAUUCCGACAGCACUGCUCAUACUUCACGCAAGGGAGCCCAAACACUAAGAUCAACAAGAACGAGAUCUGGGUCCAGUGUCGUCACUACCGAGGACGCGCCAACGCCAGAAGCGGCGGCCACAGCAACCAUCCCAAUACAUUCACGAGCUACUCGCUCGAGAUCCAAAUCAAAUAACCCAGUUCCUGAGACAACUCAGAAGGGUCCAUCUUCAGCAUCGGCCCAGAAUGGGACAAAGAUACCGCCUGCCCCUUCAGCAUCAACUGACGAUCAAAGCGCCUUCAAUUCCUUACUGGAAGUUCUUGAACACGCAUUUGAUGAAGGGUCUCAAAAAAAGAAACCCCCCACUAAAACCCAGAUUCUGAAUAUAAUAUACUUCGGUAAUAAGUUUCCCAAUUACAGGGUUGGUCCCGGUGCACACCGGGUUCCCGUUGAGGAAGUUUUCCACUUCAACGCCGCUCGAUUACUACAAGUACUGGACAAGAAAAAAUAUUCCGGAUCCGAAAUUUACGCAUACAUACAGCAGCUGGCAGAAACAGAAUUCAAGCCCGUCGCGCUUGGGCCUGACAAGUUUCCUUUUCUUAUUGUACCUCGAAAGUCUAAGCCAUUCUACCCCCGGGCUGCAACAAAUCAAGUCACAGACGCUGUAUCUGGCCUCGUUGAUGACGACUCGGAAAUCCACGAUGACAUUCCUGAGACACCAAGGGUAGGAAAGAGCACAUCUUUUAGGCGGGCUGGUAAAUCCACUCUCCGCCCAGUGACCAGCACCAAGAAACGGCACCACUCUGAUAUCGAGAGCGAUUCCGAGUCACCUUUAGCUCGAGAGGCUAAGAAAUCACAUUACUUCUCCGAUAAUGAUGAGAACAAUGCUAAGAAUGUGGAUGAGUCGGAUGAGGGCGAAAGCUCUUUCGCGUCUGUUGAUCCCAUUAGAUUGGUUAUCCGAGCAGAUAAGAUCCCGUCAACAGUUCCUCGAGGCCCUGAUAAUGCGUGGACCUGCGAUGAGGAAGACUGUGACUACAUGGUGCGCGGAGGGGAUGAGGAGGAUUGCAAGGCCCGGAUCAACGAGCACUUCCAUGCUCAUGAGCAGCAACACAACAGAGUGCAGCUUGCAAUGACCGAAGGCACCCGUGGCCAUCUCCCAGUAAACCACCUACUAGAAAAACUCAAGAGGCUCGGGGAAGCGUCCAUCGAGGAGGAACCGCGCACGAUCGACGGGACGAUCCUCCCCCAGCCAAUCAGGCGGAAUCUGAUAGUUUGA